CUCUCUGUCUCUCUCUCUCUCUCUCUCAUAUUGGAUGAUUCACAUCAACUACUGUUUCUUGCGUUCACUACUCUCGCUUCUUUUCCGUCGACCUAUCUGCUUCUAUACUUCCAUGAAAUCGUGGUAUUUCUGCUGUGUUGGUCUCGACCCUUGAAAUAUUUAUCCUUUCAGUUUCAUCAUCUUUUUCCCUAAGUCACUUAAAAUUUCAUUCAAACAAAUCGAAUUUUCAAGAAUCGUUAAAAUAGUGAGAAGAUGAUUAAGAAGAAGACUCCCGAUAAUCAGAACGUGAAGAACAAACAGUUUCUGAUCACUGUCAACGUGCUUGGAAGUUCAGGACCUUUGCGAUUCGUGGUGAAUGAUGAUGAUAAAGUUUCGGAAGUAAUUGAUUCGUCUCUAAAGAAGUAUGCUCGUGGUGGACGACUUCCUGUUCUUGGCUCUAAUUUCGAGAACUUUUUGCUUUAUCCAGCAAAUGCAGGAUCUGAAGCAAUGAAAGCAAAUGAAGUAGUGGGGUCAUGUGGCGAAAGGAAUUUUCUGAUGUGUAAGAAGCAGAGACAUCCUCAGAUGACUGAAGUUCGAUCGGAGAAGAUAACCGGUCAUAGCCGAAAUCGUGGUUGGAAGGCAUGGUUCAAGAUCUUAUCUCAUUGAUUAAUCUUCCGAUACAAACUUGUACUUUGGGUAAUAUUUUUCCCAUAUACAAAAUGGGAAAACAAAUAAAAUAUGUAUUAUGUAAAGCGCUAAUA